AUGAGAGGUUUCUGCAAAUCAGGCAUUACAGAGAAGAGUGGCAGUAAGGGUGANUUAUCUGUCAACUUUUCCACUAUUACACCCAAAAAACCAAACUCUACCUUACGUAAAGUUGCCAAAGUACGCUUAACCUUUGGAUUUGAAAUUAUUGCUUAUAUACCCGGUAUUGGCCAUAAUUUACAAGAACAUUCUGUAGUCCUAGUAAGAGGGGGGAGAGUUAAAGAUUUACCCGGUAUGAGAUAUCACAUUGUUCGAGGAACCCUAGAUGUUGUCGGAGUAAAGGAUCGUCAACAAGGGCGUUCUAGUGCGUUGUAAAUUCUUAUCCAAGACUUAUAUCAUUUGAAAAUGC